ACAAGUAGAUUCAUACGUAAGUUGAUAUUUAGAGAAUCGACUCGUGGUGUUUUUUGAUAGUAAUACCUAUACUACUAAAGUGCUAGGUAAUACUUGAAACUCGUUUGCCUUGCUUUAAACGCGAGAUUCGCAGCGAAAGUAUUUAAAGCUGUGCAAUUGUUUUGAAUCGUUGAUCAGUUGCGGUCAGUGAUCGAUAAUAGUGACGCGUGGUCUGCGAAAAUCUUCAACAUUUUGCACACUAAAGUGACCAUUUUUAUUCGUAUCGAUUCCGAUGAGCACAAACAAAUUAAAUAUGACGGAAGGCAGUUUGAUCGAGUGGUACGCCGGAAGGACGGUUCUCGUCACCGGCGGUACUGGUUUUAUGGGCAAAGUACUGUUGGAAAAAAUGCUACGUUGCAUACCAGAUCUGAAACGAAUUUACGUUUUGUGUCGUCCCAAAAAAGGAUUUUCUCCCGCUACCAGAAUCGAAGAACUUUCUAAAUUACCGUUAUUCGACAAAUUGAGAAAAAGUAACCCAUCUGUGUUCAAAAAAUUGGUGGCGAUUGAAGGAGAUCUUACUCAAAAAGAUCUGGGACUGACUCCCGAAUCUAAAGAGACUCUGCUCAACGAAGUUUCCGUCGUUAUCAAUGGAGCGGCUUCUUUGCGUUUGGAGGCUGGUCUAAAAGCUGCUGUGGAGCAUAAUACUGUCGGUACUUUGAGAAUAUUGGACUUGAGCUGUCAAAUGAAACAUUUAAAAGCGUUCGUCCACCUUUCAACAGCUUUCUGUCACUGCGAAUACGACGUUUUAGACGAAAUAAUCUACCCAUCUCCCGUUAACCCCAGAGACGUAAUACAAAUGGUAUCGUGGAUGGAUGAAACUACACUGGAAGCGAUCACCCCAAGGCUAUUAGGACCUCAUCCGAAUUGUUACACUUACUCGAAAAGAUUAUCGGAAGCUUUGGUGAGCGAAUACGCGGACAAAAUUCCAGUAGCUGUGGCAAGACCAUCAAUAGUUACACCGGCCUUGUACGAGCCAAUGCCUGGCUGGGUGGACAGUUUGAAUGGACCAGUCGGAGUGGUUGUAGCAGCUGGAAAAGGUAUCAUUAGAUCUAUGAUGGUCGCCGAAGAGUUUUGCGCCGAAGUAAUUCCGGUCGAUGUUGCAAUCAACGCGAUAAUUGCAAUCGCUUGGGAACGUGGACGUAGCUCAAAAGACCUGGAAGAAAAAGUUCCCGUUUACAACGUCUCCAACGGUGAUAUUCAAACGAUGACUUGGGGUGAGAUACUAAAAGACGGUAAAAAAUUAAGUUACGAGUACCCGUUCGAAGCUGGCUUAUGGUAUCCAAAUGGUACCAUCCGAAUGAAUCCAAUAACACACUACUUGAUCGUGCUGUUCUGUCAAAUCAUACCGGCCUAUUUCAUCGACGCGUUGCUCUUUUUAAUGGGUCAAAAAACCUUCAUGGUCCGAGUCCAGAAACGAAUCUAUGUCGGAAUGGGCGUCCUGCAAUACUUCACUACGAGAAAAUGGAAAUUCUUGAAUCAGAAAACGAUCGCCCUGACGAAUAAGCUGAGCGAUAAAGAGCUGAAAAUAUUUUACUUGGGGAACACGAAACCAGACACCCAAAAAUAUUUACUCGAUGUUUUAUUGGGAGCUAGACAAUAUUGCAUGAAAGAACCAUUAUCGACGUUACCAAAAGCUCGUUUCCAGCUCAAACUACUGUACUGGUUGGAUUGGGUGGCGCAAAUUUUAUUAUGGGGUACGCUCACUUACUAUAUUGCUAAAUGGACCAACUUAUCCAACACACUGAACCAAUACAUUAAUCUGAAUGGUUCGUAAAUACCUACCAACAUUUCAAUGGAGUAACAGGUUUACAGAAAAAAUUGAUUACUUCGAAUGCAGCGAAAGCCCUUCGAAUAUCGACCUAUCAUACAAUACCAGUGCAAGACAAUGUACCAUGAACUUCGACGCGUGGAUUUUCAACGACUCGUCAGAAUAUUCAAAUACACC